AUGGCAGCUAAAAUGUUGACACUUCAAGAUUUUCUCGAGAUGGCCAAAGAAUUAGCCAUGCCUAAACCAGAAAGACUACAAUGGGCAAAGCAAGAACUUGAAGAACAUAAAAAUGAAGUAUUAGCACAACGAAAAGAAGAGAUGGAGCACGAACUCCGUAUCAAAGAAGAAGAACGCCUUAUAAAAGAAAAAGACAUACAAUUAGCUCAGGCACAAAAAGAAGCAGCGAAUGCCCAACAAAAGUCUGCAGGUUUUGACAAAUAUAAACAAAUGUCAAAAAUGGCAAAUUUUCAAGAAUCCAAAGACAAUAUUGAUUCUUAUCUGAUGCGUUUUGAAGAAUUAGCAAAAGCAUCAGGUCUACCUGAAGAACAAUACUCUAGAACUCUCAUGAGCCUUCUUACGGGUAAAGCCAUAGACAUUUGCAUUCAACUUCCAGCGCACGAACUAGACAACUAUAGCAAUGUCAAAGAAGCACUCCUGAGACAGUAUGGCGCUACACAAGACGCAUACAGAAAAAAGUUCUAUACAGAAAGGCCUCGACAAGAAGAUGAUCCAUUAAUAUUUAUAUCAAACAUGACCAUGUGGUUUGAUAGGUGGAUCUCCUUGUCAAAAAUAGAAAAUUCAUACGAAAAUCUGAGAGAGCAUGUCAUCAUAGAUGCCAUUACACAUGCACACUCAGAAGAUAUUCAAUCCUUUAUCAUUGAAAGACAACCAAAAGACAUUCAAACUUUGACUCAAAUAGUACGACAAUACAGGGCAGCAUAUCCAAACAAACCUAUUAAGCAGUCUGCAGAAGAAAAUUUCAUCUGUUAUACCAAAGAAACCAGAACACCACGAUUCUCAAGACCAGAAAAAACGCCAAUAUGUACAAACUGUAAUUUCAAAGGACAUUAUGCUUCACAAUGUAAAACCAGAGACAUAGAAUGCAGUUACUGUCAUCUUAAAGGUCACUACGCAAACGAAUGUAGAAAGAAACAAAACAAUUCAAGUGACAGAUCAAAAGAAAAACAAGCAUCCAGAUACCAGCCACAAUCUACACGAAAUCAAAACUAUGGUAAUCAAAACAAAUUCUACAACAGAAAACCUAGAUCUGACCACACAACAAUGACUAUAGUUACAAAGUCUAAAGGUCUAGAAUACUAUCCAGGUUUAGUUGGAAACCAGAAAGUGGAAGUGAUUCGAGACACAGGUUCGACGUCUGUGGUCGUACAUUCAAAAUUCGUCAAGACUCAUCAAUACACAGGCAAAUAUGUUGCGGCUACAGCUUUCAAUGGUACAGUCAGCAAUCUACCUGUAGCAGAAAUUAACAUUACAACACCUUUCUACAGUGGUGAUGUAGAAGCACUAGUAUCAGACAAUUUACCUGUAAAUCUGUUGAUUGGCAACAUUAAAGGAGUUCGUGAUUGCACUCAACGAGACCUACAAGACUGGUCGAAAGCCAUAAAAGUAAGCCAAGAAUGUAAUGCAGUCAUUACAAGGUCAAUGACAAAAGAACAAGUAGAAUCAGAUAAUCUACAGAAUGAAUCAAACUCAAAUCAACAAAAUGACAACGCAACCAAAGAAACUACAGACCAAGAAACCACUAAUCAAAAUGAAAUGACUAGCAAUUCAAACAUCCCGCCUGAAUUCAACAAUGAAGAAUUUAAAGAAGAACAAAAGAAAGAUCCUACUUUAUCAAGACUAUACAAGAAAGCACAGACCAAUAUAAAUCCAGAAUCAAUCAAUGAACCAUAUCUUGACAACGGAAUGCUAAUGAAACGAAGCAAAAACAAAAAUAAAAUCAUUGAACAAAUAGUCGUACCACAAUCAUACAGAAAGACAAUAAUUGAAUCGGGACACAGCAAACCUUUUUCUGGACAUAUGGCGGUAUCCAGAACAAAGAAAAGAAUUCUACAACAUUUCUAUUGGCCAAGCAUAACGAAAGAUGUGAAGAAGUACGUCAGUACAUGUCAUAUUUGUCAAAUGAAAGGACCUAAAGGUAGACACACUCAAGCACCCCUUCAAACUGUAGAACUCACAGACAAACCAUUCCAGAAAGUGGCCAUUGACAUUAUUGGACCCAUACCAAUUGAAUCAGCAAGAAAGCAUAAAUACAUACUUACUUUAGUUGAUACAUGUACAAGAUGGCCAGAAGCAAUACCAUUAGUCAACAUAACAGCUAUUGACAUUACCAGAGCUUUGUCAGAAAUUUUCUCCAGAACCGGACUACCAGAGGUGAUACUAAGCGACCGAGGGGGACAAUUUACAGCGGAAAUUACGAAAGCAUUCAUGGACAUGUACAAAAUAAGGAUGAAAUUUACAACGGCCUACCACCCACAGAGUAACGGGCUCUGCGAACGUAUGAAUUCUAGUUUGAAGCAAAUCAUAUCAAAAAUAGCAAAUGACAACCCACAAAAUUGGGAUCUUUUAAUACCAGCAGCACUUUUUGCUUACCGAGAAAGUCAACAAGAAACUACAGGUUUUUCUCCAUUUGAAAUGCUCUACGGCGCAAAUCCGAGAGGACCUAUGGCAGCACUAAAAGAAUCAUUAAUGGCACCAAGGCAGAAUGCAACAGCAACAAAAACAGCAUUUCAACAUGUCAUAGACACUCGAAAUAUGGUCAUACAAGCAUGUCAAAAAGCUAAACAAGAAACAGCAAAAGCCAACAUAGCUACCCAAAGACGAGUAAAUGAAAGCAGAACUUUGAGAAAAUUAGAACCAGGAGAUAAAGUGAGACUAUUAUUGCCAGAUAAAAAGAACAAGUUUUUUAUUCAGUGGCAAGGACCAUUUUUAGUUACCAAGAAAGUCACAGACGUAGACUAUGAAAUUGAAAUAAACAACAAAAAGAAAGUCUAUCACAUCAAUAUGCUUCAUAAAUAUAAUGAAGAAAUGCAAGAAAAUGAAACAGUGCAAGACACAAUUACAUGUUUGACUAUUCUUCAAGAAAGUGAUUCAAAUGAUACACAAGAACUCAUACUCCCGAAUCCAAUAUCAACACAAACAGAAUCAUGGAAAGACAUAAAAUUGAACAAUUUAUCAUGUCAAAGAAAGCAAGACGUAUCAGAGAUACUAAAGAAUUACUCAGCAAUUUUUACCGACGUUCCAGGCAAAACAUCAGUUAUUGAACAUGAGAUCAAUUUGACUAGCGACAAACCAACAAAACAAAGACCAUAUCCAGUUCCAAUACAUUAUAGAGACUUUCUACAAAAAGAAAUCAACCAAUUACUACAACAAGGCAUAAUUGAACAUUCAAAUUCGCCCUACGCAGCACCUAUCGUACUUGUGAAACGACACAAUGCUACAACACCUAGAAUGUGUGUAGACUUUAGGCAACUCAACAAAAUUACUUGCCUAGACUCUUACCCUAUGCCAAAUCCAGAAGAUCUCAUGACACAGUUUGCUGAAGCAAAAUUUUUUACAAAAAUAGAUCUUUCAAGGGGAUAUUACCAAAUUCCAAUGAAAGAACAAUGUAAACCAUACACAGCUUUCACUACUGCAUUUGGACUAUUCCAAUUUAACUACAUGCCAUUUGGUUUAGUCAAUGCAAGUAGUACAUUCAACAGAGCAAUACACCGACUAUUCGGACAAAGAAAAGAUACUGUUUCAUAUAUAGACGACAUAUGUAUCUUUCACAAAUGUUGGGAAGAACAUUUGCAAGGACUAAAAGAAAUCUUUCAUGAACUAAGACAGCAUGGCUUCACUAUCAAACCCAGCAAAAUGGAACUAGCCAUGAAUGAAGUAACAUUUUUAGGUUACAAAGUAAGCUACAACUCUUUAAAACCUCAAGAUGAAAUCAUCAAGAGAAUACUAGACAUUCAAGUGCCUAAGACAAAGAAACAAAUCAGGAGUAUAAUAGGACUAUGCAAUUUCUACCGAUGUUUCAUACCUAAUUACACGACUCUCACAUCACCCUUGACAAACCUUACCAAGAAAGGUCAACCAAACAAAGUACUUCAUUCAAAAGAACUGGAAGACACUAUAACGAGAAUCAAGGACACCUUUUCACACGAGUCCAUUCUCAAGUUACCAGACCAAAACAAAACAUUCCACCUUGCGACGGACGCGUCCUCCGAAGCGAUCGGAGCCUGUUUAAUGCAAGAGCACAAUGGAACACUACAUCCCGUGUUCUAUAUUAGCAGGAAAUUGUUACCAGCAGAAACCAGAUACUCUACAAUUGAAAGAGAGUGUUUAGCGAUAGUUUGGUCUAUAAAUCGCUUUACCAAGUAUCUGUUAGGCAAACCAUUCAACCUACUUACAGACCAUUUUCCUCUCCAAUUUCUAAACACUAGAAAACUGGCUAACAGCAGACUAACACGAUGGAGUUUAAUGUUAACAGACUACCAGUUUACUGUAAAAACCAUACCAGGGAAGAUGAACGUCUUAGCAGACACCCUGUCAAGAUGUACUUAG